AUGGAACCUUCAAGCGCCCAAUUAAACGCCGACACAUCGACUCCGCGGUCCAGUGCACGAAUCUGGCACGUUCCAAGACCCAGCAGCGCUCCAAAGGAGAAAUCAAGUAUGGAGAUAAUUACCCCCUUAACUACAAGAGAGCUCGGACCUUCCAAGAUCCCGGUAAUCACACCGAAACCAAACAAGGUUGUUUCAAGAGCCUCUUCGGACUGGCCUGCUCAUGGAAUCAGGUUUGAUGACGUGAUUAACGACACCUCGUUGACCCCAAUCAACGUGUUUGGCAGAGCCAUGACGGCCGGGUCGGUUGCAACAACAGCCACAGUGGUGACCAAAUUGAGCUCGAACGAGCUGAAAGAAGACGACUCGGUGUCGUGUUUCACCAAUUCGUCGACCUCAACACCUUGCAACCCAAAGAAGCGGAAAUUGGAAACAGAAGCGCUGCCAUUCUUUAAAUACAACAAGCUGGAGGAACUGUCCAAAGAGGAGAAAUCCAUGUCGAAAAUGAUGGCAGACCCAGAAAUGAACGCCUGGAUCAACGAAUCCUUGGAAACAGUGAAAGACUACGAAAAAAUUGAAGUGUAUGGCUUACUUUCUGUAUCUUCUGAGACCUCUGUUAGCAGAGACAGCGAUAACGGAGGCUGGGACCUUGAAACCAAGGGAUUUGAUCAUUUCGUCGGUGUCAGCAUCGAUGUUGAGUUGACCCUUGGUCUUCUUCAAGUCCAAGGCGGACACUUCAGGAACAUAUUGGUCCUUUCUCUCUCUCUCUUCCUCUUGCAAUUUGAACGAGAUACCUCUGACUGGACCUUUUUGAAUUCUCUUCAUCAAGUGGGUGGUGUAACCGGCGAUCUUGUUUCUGAGUCUCUUGGAUUGGAUCUCAGCGAUUUCGCUGGUCAAUCUCUUGUUGACUUCAAAGUCCAAAGUCAAUUUUGGAUAGUAUUUCUCGAUGAGCACCUUCGAGGCUCUCUUGACGGUCUUGGUUCUAACUCUACCCUGACAUGGUUAGUGAUUGAACAGCAUCAGUACCCGAUUUUUGACGAGGACUGGGGAGCUGACGAGGAGUUGUUGUUGAUAGAAGGUUGUGAGACUUUGGGGCUCGGCAACUGGCAGGAUAUCAGUGACUUUAUUGGGGGGAGAUCCAAAGAAGAGGUUGGCCAACAUUACGAGGACUACUACCUGAACUCUCCAUGUUAUCCUAUUCCCGAUUUGAACAAGACUUUUGAGAACGUUUCGACCUCGUCGUUUCUGCGCAAACGCAAGCAGAGACUCGAUUCGCGCAAGAAUCUGCCUCUACCUCCUCCAAAGAAGGUUUUGACGUCGAAACCGUUGUGUUCUGAUCUGCAGAAAUAUAUGCCUGGUCGACUGGAGUUUGAGGAAGAGGCCGAGGACGAGGCGGAGAAAGUGGUGCAAGACAUGGUGUUUGAGGACGACGAGGCGGAGAACGAUAUCGACUUGAGGCUCACAAUACUGGAUAUCUACAACUCGAAGCUGACUUUGCGUGCGGAACGCAAACGGCUGAUGUUGAAGAACAACUUGUUGGAUUACAGAAACAACAUUGCGGUCGACAAGAAGCGCACAAAAGAGGAGCGAGAUUUGUUCAACAAGUUGAAAGCGUUUGCACGGGUCAUGACUGCAGACGACUUUAGGGAGUUCACCGACGAUAUGCUGGCGGAGAUCCGUGUGCGCAAUCGGAUCCAGCUGCUCCAGGAGUGGCGGCGCAACGGCGUGACGUCGUUUGAGAACGGAUCCAAGUUCGAGAAGGACAAGGUGGCGCGGCUGUCGCGGCUGAACAUGGGAGUUGGGGCCGGGCCGAUCUCGUCAGGCCGCGAGCGGCACACGUUCAACUCUGUGCGGUCGACGUCGCGUCACCAAACUCCGUCGUACGAGUCGAACUCGAAGAAACGCGGCCACCAGCCGCUGGACAUCUCGCAGGCGUUGGACUACGACCUGUUGUCGGACGAGGAGAAGGUGUUGUGCUCGAACUUGCGCAUUCUGCCAAAGCCGUACCUGGCGAUCAAGGAGACACUUUUCCGGGAGCUUUUGCGGACCGGGGGUGUGCUCAAGCGCAAGAUUGCCAAGGACCUGCUCAAGAUCGAUCCGGCCAAGACCAUGAAGAUCUACGACUUCUUUGUGCAGCAGAAGUGGUGCAACGCCGUCGUUCCGGAGUUGAAAGACCUCGAGAACAAGAAACUGUUCACGCGCAAAGAGGUCACCAUGAUUAUGCGGCGUCGGACGGACUUCGAGCAGCGUAUAGCCGGGCGCGGAUCCAAGCCGGCAGACUUUCUGGCCUACUACCGGUUCGAGAAGAACCUCGAUCGCCUCAGACGCAAGCGGUACACGAGAAUGCGUGCUGUGAUUGAUACGCGGCCGUCUGUUUCAGACUGGGCCUCUGAUAGACGCAUUUUCUUCGUCUUUGAACGGGCCGUUAACAAGUUCCCAAAGAGCAUGGAUCUGUGGUCCGCGUACAUCAAAUUUGCGCGCAAGAAGGGCUCCGUUAAGGUGCUUUACUCGAUAUACUCAAAACUGCUGCAGUUGCAGCCCAAAAACAUCAACGUGUGGUUCAGUGCGGCCAACUACGAGUUUGAGCAUAAUAGAAACGUCAAGUCGGCUAGAAACCUGUUCAAGCGGUGUGUGCGGUUCAACGGUGAGAAAACAGAGGUCUGGCUCGAGUUCAUCAAGCUGGAGCUGACGUACUUGUCGAAACUGCUGCUAAGGAGACGGCUGCUGAACCUGAUGACAGAGCAGCAGCAGAUCCAGGACCUGCGGGACAACGAGGGCGACGCGUUCGAGGGCGACGACCUGGUGAGCCUGAUUCCAGACACAGAGGUCAAUAGCGAGCUCAACAAGCUGCCCGAGCUCAACACGGACGUUUUGGGCACCGCAGCUACAAAUCCGGUUUUGAAAGGUGACCUUGUGCUGGCCAUUUUCGACGUGGCCGCCGCAGCCGUGCAGAAAGACGCACCCGACAAGUUCGCGCGCGUGUGGGAGCUCGCGGAAAAGAUGCUCGCGCUCGUGGACUCGUUCGACGCCCUCGACAGACUGUACCUCGCCAACCACGUUGUCGAGUGGCUGGCGCAUGACCACGGUCACGUGCCGGAGGUGGUGCUGCUGCAGCUGACGCUGUCGCUGCGGUACACGGAGCUGGACGACGCGGAUUUCGUGGCCACGCUGCAGAGCUCUGUGCGGGCGUACCAGUCGUGGGCGGCCAAGAGCCGCCUGGACGUGGAGACGAAGGAGCAGCUCAAACGGAUGUACGUGGACUUUCUCACGCAAAAGUACCUGCUGCGCGCCAGCGGCGACGUGCGACAGAAACCGCACGUCCUGGUCGUUGACGUCGAGCCGGCCGCCAUCGAUCCAGUGCACGUCGAAUUGCAGCGGCACCUGGUCGCCGAUGAUCACUUUGGUGGUGUUGAGCGAGCUGGACCAGGCUGUGCUGGAGACGAUCUGGUUAUCCUUGGAGAGCAGCAGAACGUUCAAGUUUGGGUCGAUGUCGAAGUGGGAUUCCUCCACCACGCCGCGGAACUGGAACACCAGCGGCACAGUGACGCCUGUGGCUGGUUUCACGUCCAUGCGACACGAGAACGGCACGUCGUUGUGCAGGUACAGCUGGAACAGAUGGUACAGUUCGUCUUCGAACUUGACUGUGCAGGUGAUGCGUUCGUUGACGCCGUAUUUGAACGCAAGUGGGGCGUUUGUUUCCAGGCACCGCACGACGGGCUCGAGCACGACGUUGCCGUUGGCAUCGAACUUGUGCUCGCCGUUGUCGAUCUGCCGGGCGUUGCACGCGAGUUUGACCGGGUCGUUGACGGCGUAGGCGGGCAGUUUGGCCAGGUCGAGGUCUGUUUCCGGGAACGGUCUGAUUUUGGCCGCAAGGGCACACGAAAUCAGCAACAGCACACGAAACAGCAUCAAGCCAGGUUUUAA